AGGAGGAGGAGGAGGAGGAGGAGCAGCAGCCUGCUUUGCAUGAGUGGUGGACUCCCCUCGCCAGCGGCUGCAGCUCAGAGUUCCUGCGCGCCGCCGCACAGCAGCUGCAGCUCGAGGGCGGAGGACACGCAGAGGGAUGGCCGAGAGCAGCCCCGAGACCAGCGGCUCCGCGCACCGGUGGUGUGCGACCCCUCCCCCGGCGGAGAGGCACGUCUCCACCGGGGUCGGGGCGUCCAAGUGGAUCCGACUCAAUGUCGGCGGGACGUAUUUUUUAACGACGAGACAGACGCUGUGUCGAGACCCCAAAUCAUUUCUGUACCGACUGAGCCAAGCGGACCCCGAGCUCGACUCCGACAAGGAUGAGACUGGGGCCUACCUCAUCGACCGAGACCCCACGUACUUUGGGCCGGUGCUGAACUACUUGAGACACGGCAAGCUGGUGCUCAACAGGGACUUGGCAGAGGAAGGUGUGCUAGAAGAGGCCGAAUUCUAUAACAUCACAUCAUUAAUAAAGCUCAUCAAGGACAAGAUCAGGGAUCGCGACUGUAAAACAUCACAGGUUCCCCUGAAGCAUGUUUACCGUGUGCUGCAGUGCCAGGAGGAGGAGCUGACGCAGAUGGUAUCCACCAUGUCUGACGGCUGGAAGUUUGAACAGCUGGUCAGCAUCGGCUCCUCUUACAACUACGGGAACGAAGACCAAGCCGAGUUCCUGUGCGUCGUCUCCAAGGAGCUGCACAACCAAUCCUACGGCACCAACAGCGAGCCCAGCGAGAAGGCCAAGAUCCUGCAGGAGAGGGGCUCCCGGAUGUGAAGAGGACUCAGUAUUAUGAGCUCCAGGUGUUAAGAUGCUAACAUAUCAUCUUUGUGGAAGAAGGUUUGGCACAAUGGAGAUUUAAAGGAGGGGUGUGCUUUCAUUUUGUGUUUUUCCCUCCAUUUGUUGUUUUUAUGUCUGGAUGUAAAUAAGUCUGUUUCCUGACAAUUUGUGCCUGUACAUUUAAACUGGACCUUAUUUUUUGAAUUUGCGGCAAUUUUUUCUUUUUCGAUUUGAGAGUAAGGAAUUGUAAUCUAGAAAUGUUUUUUUACGCUAUAGAAUAUGUCAUCAUCAUAUAGGGCCAAUGAUUCACUCAGGGUCAUCGAUCCAGUUCAUUCUGACGUCCUUCAAGUCGAGGGUCCGAAGGGAUCACACCGGUCUUCAUCACUCAAAACCAUUGUGUAGAAAUGUUAAGAAGGGAAUUGUGUUUAUUUAGCAUAUGGUCCAGAGUUAAGCUAUUAAAUGUUAAAUUCACCCCAAAAACAAAUCGAUAACAUUUUUUCCCAAAGAUUUCAAACAGUUAUGCUGAGAUUUGUGAUCAUGAGGAUUUUAACACACAGAUGCAUUUGAAACAUUCGACUGUGAUUUGAAAAUCUUUUUCUGUGUAUAUUCAGUCAAAGAAGGAACAAUAAUAUUCUCAGACCAGGAUCAAAGCUGAGAACAGGAUGAGUGAUGCUGGAGGUAAAGGGCAUUACGCUCUAUUAAUAACAGAACUAUAAGAGCCCCUUUUCCACAUAGACCAAAUCAAAUGACUUUAAAGAGAUCAGUGUAUCUGCCCAAUAUGGAGAUUCUCUCUUGUUAUUGCUUAAACAGUCAGAUGUGUUGCCAUGUAAUCUGGAACUCAUUGUUCCUUCAAAAUGUUUCAAACAUAGACUUUGUGGUAAAUUCGUACAAAUUGAUAAUCCUUUUGUUCCUGCCGGACUCCUCAUGUUCAUAAGUCUAAAGUUAACUACCAUACAUAGUCAACGGUGUUUUACAUUUUUAGUCUGUUUUACAAUGAUUUUUUUUUUUUUUAAACCUCAGUUUCUUGUUGGAACAAAAGAAAAAAAACAGAUUUCUUCCGAGUUCUUCUUGCCGUGUGUCUAUCGGAGCGAACCUCUUGUUUUAGGAUCUUUUGGGGGGCGGGGCUUAAACGACGCAGUGGUGAAGGACUUUCUUUUCAUACCCAUUUUGCUUUGAUAUAAAUAAUCCAAAUUCAAUUUUAAUAUUCAACUCUUUUUUUUUUUUUUUUUACUGCACGUUUUGUACACUGUAGAGAAAACACAGCUUGGAACGUAAGUUGUUUAUACUGGAUCUUUAAAAACAAGAUGAUUUUAACAAUGUUAACUUCUGUUUUGCAUUGUUUGUACAGGACUAUAGAUUUCUGAGUGAGGAUGAAAAGCUGAUGCUGAACAUGGUGUCUUUCACUGAGAACAUGCCUGGAACAUGUUUUGAUAACCAAUAACAAAGCUAUACUUGGCUGUCUAUGAAGUUGACUGUUACAUUUACAAAACAAAUGUAUUUUUCCUGCAUUGUGAUAGAUUCUUCUAAGCAUUUUGACUUGAGUAGAUUUCGUACACAGCAUUACGAGCACUGCAGUGGAGCACGGCACCGUGCACAUUGCUCACAAGCUGUCAUGUCGAUCAUGUAAAUAAUGCAUUUUAGAACGCUUCUUUUUCAGUUUUUUUCUUUUUUAUAGAAAGUUGUUUUCAGGUUUGAUGUGUGGUUUUGAUAGGUUGAAUAUUUCAUUCACAAAUACUCAUUUAGUGUUGCCUUUCCCCCCAAUGACCAAAAUCCAAUGUCUUAUAUGUAUCGUACACGUCUUGGUGUCAGGGAUGAGUGAACAUUUCUAAAUGCUGGCACACUUUGUACAUAUAGACUUCUGACCGGCUACACACGCCUCCAUUUACUCACAUGUACACGUAUACACUUGAUUAAAACAACUUUUAUAUUGUCGCAAAAAAUACAAGUAUGAAUGCAUGUUUUUGAUAUAGCUAUACACGUAUACACACACAAGGGCUUUUCAAGUGCAACAUUUGACAUCCGCAAAGAGGUUCAAUCAAAGUAGACGACUGGAUUUCCUGCCAGAGCUAGGCUAUGUUUACAUUUGCUCUAGUAUUCUCAAGCCUUCCAAUUAUGUACUGUCUUGCACUUCCUCACAUUAACGUUCGUCCGACCGCGCCGAUGGCAACGAGCUCUCCACAUGGACUGAUGUUCACACUGACGUGCUGAUGAGUCUCCGCUUCUCACAGCCUGUUGAGCGUUGCAGAUAAUCGUGCUUUCCACCCGCGCUGAGAGCAGAGAUGCUCACUUCUAAUAGGCUGAACCCAUCUGCAUUGGGGCCAAGCAAAUGUUUAUUUGGGGUUUUUUGAGACUUUUCUUUUUUCUUUUCAGCAAUGAGAUUUAAAAUGUUUUGCGUUUGGUUUGCUUGGUUCAGUUGUAACAUCCUUUGAUAUACUCUGGUCUGAGGCGUGUAACCCCUCUACUUUAGCAGCUACCUUUUAAUGCCCUUCACAAACAGGUCGACUGGUUGAGCCUUCGGCAUCAAUUAUCAUUUCAUGUCAUGGACAAACUUAUCAAAUCUGUAGCCUAAUACUUAUAAGUGCCCGGUUUGUUUUGCAAGAGUCAUAAGCCACAGACACUGUAGUGCAUGAUUGAAUAUGCUCACUCUUGUAAUCGGAGGGAAUGAAUGUGUCGAUUUCCCUCAAUUUAGCAAUUCCAUCAAUGAAUAAGGUUCUCGUAUCACCACCUAGAUCACUACUCGAUCUGAUCUUAUGCAAUGUUCAACAUGUGCAAACUGAGUAUGAGGUUAAGGGGAUAUAUCUAUAGGGUCUUGCAAAGGGUAAACUCAAUAAAAAUGUUGUCAUUCAUAAA